AAAUAUGAUUUAGAAUCUAAUGACAACCACUUCAUCGAACCAUUCAUCUUUACUAUCAUUUUCAUUACUAUACAUGUGUAUCCUGAGAUUCGAAACUUCAAUCUUUCUGGCAAGGAAAUGGAUAUCCGAAAAACAAGAUCUAAUGUAAUCUUAAAUCUGGGAAUUUGUAUAUUGAUAGGUUUUUUCGGGCCUGUGAAUGCUCAAGGCCUCAGAUGUCCAGAAGAUUACGCCUGCUAUCCAUUGGGAGGCUAUUGCAACGAAGAUGCUGGGAUUUGUGAUUGCUAUCAUAAUUUUCGAGGAGUACGUUGCUCAGAUUAUACAGAUCCGUGUAUGAUAUCGCUAGCAUGCGGCGGCCAGGUUAGUGGAACAUGUAUACCCCAACGGAUAGGACUGAGAGGAUACAAAUGCAUAUGUAGAGAAGGCUAUAUUGGUGUUGAGUGUGAACGAGAUGUCAGAUGGUGCACCCUCAACCGUUGUGAAAAUGGGGGACUCUGCCAAUCAUUUGGAGCACACGGCGUUUGUCAUUGUCCUCCAGGAUUUACAGGAAUUAGAUGUGAACAAGAUCGCCGAUGUACCCCCAUCCCUUGCAGAAAUGGAGGAAUGUGUAUACCAGGCGGGAUUAAUGGAGAAAUCUACACAUGUGAUUGUCCAUCUCUUUACACUGGGAGGGAUUGUGAGAUAAAGAAGCAGGCCUGUUUGCCGAGUCCCUGUGGCAUGAAUGGCCUUUGCCUGGACAGAGGAGAUUCUUACGUAUGUGAUUGUUUUCCUGGCUACACUGGAGUUCAAUGUGAACAAGAAAUUGAUUUCUGCGUCAACGUAACGUGCAGUUACCAUGGUAGCUGCUAUAACAACACUGAUAGGUUCUCGUGCUUCUGUAACCCAGGAUACACUGGAUAUGAAUGCGAAAUAGAUGUAGACCCAUGUAUAUCUUCUCCUUGCCAACAUGGUGGAGCGUGCCGUAGAGUGGCGACUCCAUUCAACUACACAUGUUCAUGCACACAUGGAUACACUGGCCGGCAUUGCGAGACAGAUGAUCUGUUUACAAAGUCAGUUUGGGGAGUUACUAUCGGCACCGGCGUUCUCCUCGUCGUCUUUUUCAUAUUUAUUUCUAUCUGGUUUGGGAUAAUUAUAGUUCGCUUAAAGAAGGUAGCGCAACCACAGAGGUUGACAAGGUACGUGUAUGGGACGAGAGACAGUGUGGGUCCGGGCAUGGUUCACGAUAAAGAGAAAUUCACAAUGGCAUACGACAAUGCUACGUAUAACAACACCGAGAACUUCCCGGUUGGAAACGUUGGACCAUACCACAAUGGACGAGAAGGAAAUGUUAUGAUAAGCCCAAACCUCGAACUGCAUAGCCAACCAUCAGAAACACUGUUGAGAGAACUUAACAACAGAAUAAUGCUUUAUGAACAUUCCAGAGUUAAUAACGGACUUCGCCAGAACAAUUCACGAUAGCGACAUAUAGUUAGGACCUACAGUAAGAGGAAACUUAAACGGAUAAUGUAUCUAAAAUACCCUUAAUUCUUAAGAUUGCACGGCCUGCAAGUUGCACUCUCAAUACACUUACAGUAUAUACUAUAUGGCUCUAUAUAUGAAACUUCUUUCCUGAAAAUACC